AUGUCUGUAGUUGAAUACAACAGUUUACUGUUCGAGAUAAGUCAGAGACUAGACGAACUGAAUGCGUGCAGGAAGUUAUUGGUUAUGUGCAGAGGGAAGGUGGCGCAUCGAAGCGACGAAAAUAUGUAAAAUGUCUUCCCGUUGUUUGAGGAACUGGAGCAGAAUAGUUUUCUUGGUCCUGACAAAUUGGAAGUCUUGAAAGAUGUAUUGAAAGGCGUGAAAGAAUGGUCCCUUUUUGGAAAUGUCAAAGCUUUUGAGGCCAAAAGAAAGGAAUAUAAGAGCUUGUUGGAAAAGAUUAUUCAUGUACUUGACGAGCUCGAUUGUCUCGAAGAACUCGUAGCCAUUUGCAAUGAUUGGAUACCGGAAGAAAAACGUAGUAGCAUGGGAGAUGUUAGAUCACUGUUUAAAGAGCUCGAAAACAAUGAAUCCCUAGGGAUUGACCGUCUCGAGGUCUUAAAACGGAUUUUGACACAGAAGGAGCAAAGAGAACUACUUCAGGAAGUGGUGGACCUUCAGGAAAGAAGA